AUGCCUAAUAGAUGUGUAGCUGGUGGUUGUUCUAAUGUUCCUGACCCUUCACAAAAUAUCGGUCUUCAUAAAUUUCCCGAAGAUAACGAUUUAGAGAAGAAAAGACGACGACUUUGGGUUGCAUUUGUGCGGAAAAAACGUGCAAAAUGGUCGCCAACAGCAAACUCCCGGCUUUGUUCACAGCACUUUCAAACCGAAGAUUUUGAAAGUCCAUUUGUGACUAUACCUGGAACGGAUUUCGUUAGUCGAUCAGUAUUACGAAAAGGUGCUGUUCCUUCGAUUCAUAAGACUCCUGAACCCAGUAAUUACGACAAACAUGGCCAAAGCCAAGACAGUGUCGAUCCGACUCAUCCAAGUUCAACGAGAAAGCAUCGCCGUGUAAGUACAAUAUUCUUUAUUCACUCCGCUUUAUUCAUUCACGCAUUCUGUAUAGUCAACUCAGUAAACUCACAAACAUGCCCUCCUCGUUUGGAUAGGCUGUAA